AUGGGGCAGCAAAGGCUGCACGGGAAGGGGCAAUGGGGGGUGUGGGGGAAGGGGCAGCAGAGGCUGCAGAGGAAAGGGCAGCAGAGGCUGCAAGGGAAGGGGCCGCAGCAGACUGCAGCAGUCGAGGCUGCAAGGACUGCAGCAGGAGCGACAGAGGCCACAGUGGGGGCCGGUACAGGGGGAGGUGCUACGGGUGCAGCGGGGAAGGGGGUAACGGGGACUGGUGCGAGGGAGAGUGCUGCCUCGGUUGUAGCAAGAGAGGGUACGGCAGGGGCUAGAGUGGGAGAAGGGACAGCAGUGGCCUCAAAGGCAGAAGGUGAGGCUGCAGCUGAAGCAGCAGGGAGGGCCAUAGCACGGCCAAUAGGGGCGGCAGGGGCCGCAGCAAACGCGGGGAAACACACAACAGGGCCGGCAGAGACCGCAAAAGGGGCUAGCAGUAAAGCGGCAGCAGGCGGGGUGGGCUCGGGGGACAUAGGGGCAACAGGGGAAGGAGAGGUGAGUGUGGUCCCGACCGGGGUGGGCACGGAAGAGGGGGAUGUGAUAGCGAUAGAGAAGGAUGAGGGAGAGGAUGUGAUGCACAUUGACGGGCCACUGGCCCAAUACCUCACGCCUGACGGUGAGGCCGACCCGGCCCCCCUGCAGCCUCACGUCGAGGUUCCCCCUCUACCCCCCAUGCCCGUCCACAUGCUAGCAGAAGGACCGAUGGAGGGGCUGGGGGAGACCUUGAGGACAGAGCCGCACGAGGGAGCCCCCAUCCUCACCUCCCGUCCUCCAGCCCACCCACCCCCAGGAGCACCAUUUCCCCACCCCCACCCUCAGGUCCCGGUAGUAUCCAGGGGGGCAGCCAAGGCCCUGGCCUUCUUGGCGGAGCCGUGCUCCCCGACCCCCACGUUGCUCCAUGGCCAGCCCCCCUCUCCGUCCCCAACCCCUGACCCCACGGUUGCAGGCGGUCCACCGGGAGAGCACGCGGGUGCGACAAGAGCAGAGUCACCCGAGGGCACCCCUUCUCUCACCUCUCACCCCUCCCCGCCCCUUCCCUCACUCCUCCCCUCACCCCCAAGGGCAGCACACCUCUGCCCCCACCCUCAGGGGCUCCUUAGAGCACCACGUGGAGCAGCCAGGGCUCUGGCCUUCCUAGAGGAGCCAUGCUCCCCGACCCCUACCAACACCCAGCCACCCCCUACCGGCCCACUACCCCCCCCUCCACCAGGCCCCCCCCCACCCGGUAGUACACACAUCUCGGAGGUUGAAGCAUCUCUGCGGCCAAAUCCCUCUCCCACACGCUACAGGCACCCAAACCACCCGAGUCGCCGCACAGCCCCAACACGCCCACCCAACAGGCUGCCCCCCUCACACCACCCCCCCCAGGCAGCCGAGACCCACCCGCAAGGGCUUGCGCCCCAGGCUCAUGGGAGCGGCGGCACCCGGGUAGAGGGGCCCACAGGAGAGGCCACCACAGAGCCCACACAAACCCCUCUCCCCCCACCGUUUGUACCUCGCUCUAACCUCCACACUGGCCCAGCCCCUCGACCCCCACCUUCAACCCCCCCUCCCGGCCGGGUUCCCCACGAGUGGCCCCGUUGGGCAGCCAUCACCCCCCACACACAGCCUGCCCGAUCUGUCCCCACGGAGGGGGAUGUCUCGAGGAGAGAGGGGAUGCACACAGAGCACCCCCCGCCCGGCGAACCACCCAUCCUCCCUCCAACCACCCCUUUGGCCCCACAGCCCCCCCUUCCUUCACAAACAGGCGCGGACAACCGGGUUGGCCGCCGGCGGAAGAACAGGGGCAGAGGAGGCAGAGGGUCAGCCCACGUACUCCCCCCUCCCUCCCUCCCCCACCAAGAGCCCCUCCCCACCCCGCAUCCUGUUGAACCCUUACCAGGCCCUACCGCUACAGCCCGACCACCAAACCCACACUCCCGCCCCGCUCCUACACCUCCACAGGGCCAUGGGAGCGGACCAGCCCACUCUCCCCCAUUCUGCCCCUCCCUUGCUGUGUCCCCCUCCCAGGUGGCGGCGGCCGCGAUCGCUACGGGGAUGGAGGCCGUCGGGUUGAGGGAUGCGCCCAUGGAAGACGCCACCGACUCCCCCUCCCAUCCCUCCCACCCCUUCCAUGUCGACGACCCCCUACCGCAACCCAUGGUGAUUGGGGAGGGCCAAGGGGGCCUUCUAGGGCAGGGUCCACACCCGAGCUCCGCUCAGCCAGCAAGCCCCACUCCACCCUCUACCCUGCCAGCCCUCCUACUCUCACCUACAGGCAGGCAGGUCUUCGAGACCCCAGAGGAGGUGAGGGCUGGCAUUUCAGAUUUGCUGGCGAUACACCGCCCGAGCAGCUCUCCGGCUGCCCCCACCCUUCCAGUCCCACAGGACCGGACCCGGACGUAUGCGGAAGUCACCCGGUCUGUCCCUUCUUUUAUCCCCCCCGCCACUCAGCCAGGCGCGUCACUCCCGACCCCAAUGGAGACGGACCGGGUUCUGAGGCCGUGUCACGCGCACCUAGAGGGGGUGGCGCCUCCCCCCGUUCAGCCCGUGGCGCAGGAGGUCACCAGCAGUAGGGAUGAGGCAUCCGCCCCUACCGAGACCCCUCCGCCUGGGGUAGCAGAGCCGUCACUUGAACCGCACCCCGCCGAGGGGCAGGAGCACACCACGGUACACACUUCAGGCUCACCUCCACGUCCCCCCUCCCCAGCUUCGACACCGGUACCGGCACGAGGCCCGGCCCUAUCCUGUGCGACACCACCUCUAUCUUCGCUGACACCCCCCCCGCACGGGGCUGGUGAGUCGUCUCCUCCCCUCAUCCCAGGCGAUCCUCUCGGAGCUCAGGCCGCCCACGGGGUCCCCUCUACAGCCAGUUCCGACGCCAUGGCCCCGAUCGACCCCGCCGACACGGCGACAUCACCCGACCAGGUCGUGAGUUGCCCCACCUGCAGGAGCUCUUUCGCGAACCGACGCGCGCUCCAGCACCACAUUCCCUUCUGCCAUCCUGCAGACGCGGCUCGCAGGGCGCAGGCUGCCCAUGAUACCGCCUCGAUCAUCCCUUCCCUCUCACAGCCCCGUGCAACCGGGAUACAGUUCACCGACGCACAGUGGCAGACGCUCGACUCGGUGGACUGGACAGAGUACUUCUCGCCCGAGCGUAUCCAUGCACGCCCUCUCCGACGUGUCCCGGAGAGGGUCCGCGGAGGAUAUCUCAACGUCCUCAGUGCGAUCCUAGUCCGCAUUGCCCAGGACCCGGAGGCUGCUGGCCCUACCUUCCUCCUCGCUGCAGCGCCGACUCUUUUCCUUGUUCCAGCGACGCCACCCGACCGCUCGCACACGGCUGCCAUUGCAACGCGCAUCUCCCGCUUUGGUCGAGGUGAGUGGGCUGAGCUAGUCUCAGAUGCACUAGGCCGUCGCACACCCCUUCCUCGGCGCACAGGUCACCGGUCACGCACCGCCACCGAUCCCUCUACAGCAGAUGAGCGCCGCAUUGCACGUUGCCUUCGUCUGGCAGCGUGCAAUGAGACCUCACGGGCGUGCGCGGCUCUCGAGUCCGCGGAGGCAGCCCCAGAUACACAGGGGACGAUACAGCGCCUGCAGUCGAAGCACCCCAACGCGGAGAGGCCGACCCCAGCUUGGCAGUCUGGCUUCCAGAGGUCCCCUCUCGUGCUCUCGGUGGAUCACUUACGCCGCGCGAUCUUCACAGCUCCGCGGGGCUCUUCGGGAGUACCGUCCGGUUGGGUCGCUGAGCACCUGCGAGACACUUUCCUAGCUUUCCCUCAGAGUCUCCAUUUCCUCCUUGCCGUGUACCAGCAGUGGCUUCGAGGCCGUUGCGCUCCAGCUGCGCGCUCCUUGCUAGCGUCUUCCACCCUCGUGGCUCUGGCGAAGUCGAACAUGGAUGUUCGGCCGAUUGCCAUCGGCGAGGUUUUGGUCCGCAUUCUUUCUCGUGCAGUCUGUCUCCAGCUACGUGACCAGAUGGCGAGGGUCUUCUUGGCGUCACAGCAGUUUGGGGUGGGGGUUACGUGCGGGACAGAGGUCGUAGUUAGAGGCGUCCGCCGCGCUCUGGCUGACCACCCAGACUGGGUGGUCCUGCAGCCAGAUGUGGCGAAUGCCUUUAACUCCUUCCACCGAGACAGGAUGUUCCAGGCGCUGCAGGCCAGCCCGGAGUUUCAGUGCCUGAUCCCCUUCAUCGGCCUCUUCUACGGGACGCCCUCGGAUCUCCACUACAGGUCAGGCACGGGAGUGGUCACGAUGCACUCGGAGCGGGGCACUCGCCAGGGAGACCCUCUCAGCCCCUUCUUGUACGCUCUGACACAGCGUCUUGCUUUGGAGCCGGUUCUGGUGGAGGGGGAUGUCCAGCUCUGGUCGUACGCCGAUGACACGUACGUGCUAGGUCCCCCAGACAGGGUGCUGCACCACUUUACCGAGAUCGUGAGGCGCUUGGGCGAGAUGGGCCUUGCAGCCCAGCCGCACAAGUGCCUCGUCUACCAGACAGAGUCCUUUCUGUCCAGGGAUCUGGAGGCCUUCACGGGCCUAGGGAUCGAGGUCGCACGCCGAGGGCUCACCGUGACAGGCGUACCGGUAGGCACCGUUUCGUUCGUGGAGCAGAGUCUCCCGGAUCGUCUCGAGAGGAUGGGGCGGGUGCUACCUUGGCUUCCGAGGUUGCGCCAGCCCCAGACAGCUGCCCGCCUUCUGUCGGCGUGUGUCAGCACUCGUCCGCAGUACCUGUCGAGGACCGUCCCUCAUUCGCCCGCAGUGAUCUCUAGUUUUACACGGUGGAACGCACGCCUGGGAGAGACAUUUCAGCAGCUUUUAGCUUCAGGGACCUGGGCUUGUUGCGAGGACGUCCGAGAGGCCGCCCUAGACCAGAUCUUCCUCCCCAUUCGUCUCGGGGGUUUCGGCAUUCGUCGCAUGGCACGCAUUGCCCCGGUGAGUUUCGUGUGCUCCUGGGUGCAGUGUGCUCCCAUUCUCUGUUCUCUCCCUGCGUGUGGCGAGGUGUUUCGGCAGAGCUUCGCUUCAGGUGAGCCAGAGCAGAUCGACCGGGCUCUGCAGACGGCGCUAGAGGGUCUCCCACCUGACGUUCUCUCUCUCCUUCCCCCCUGGCCCUCCUGCGCUUCUGCCUCCCCCGAUUCCCUUUUUGCAGGAGCGAGCCGUCUUCUGGAGGCGCAGGCCUUGGAGGCCGUGCGUGCCCGUCACGCCUCUCCCUUGCACCUUGCCCGUUUGACUUCCCUUCAGGGAGGAGGUGCAGGGGCGUGGUUGACGUCGGUGCCGUACGCUGACCCACUGCGCAUCCCGGAGGCGCUGUGGCAGGCGGCUUCAUCUUCUCGUCUUGGCCUCCCGAUCCCCCAAUUAGCCCUUGCAGGUCAGUGCUCCUGCGGACAGGCGAUUGACGACAUGAUGGUGCCUCAUCACGCGGUCCGGUGCCCGCGCUACGGGGUCGCCACUACCAUCCACGACACGGUGAAGUACAUGCUUCGAGACUUUGCGGUCGAGGCGGGCUUCGCGGUAAAGGUGGAGGACUCUACGCUGUUCACACAGUUGGAGGCGGCUCGAGCGAGACUACUGGGACAGCCAGUGGUGGGAGAGGGGACGCGGGCUGAGGGACCGGGGGAGCAGAGAGGCGAGGCGGGACAGCCGGGUGGCGGGGGACAUUGGGGACAGCACCAGCUGCGGGGUCAGGUGGAGCGAGGGACAGGUGGGCAGAGGGGACGGCAGGGGGAGCAGACGGGCCAGGACGGGGAGGGGAGACAACACAGGCAGCAGCAGGAGAGCCAGUGGAGGCCGCGGGCCCAGGGCGCCGCGCCUCCAGGUUCGGCCUCGGAGGUGGGGCAGGGGCGGGAGCAGCAGAGAGCGGACGGAGGUACAGGAGGGGCAGCGGGAUUGGGAGGGGAGGGCCAGGGAGUGAGAGAGGCAGCAGGGGAUGGAGCAGGGGGGUUGGGAGGGUUGGGGGAGGGUAGAGAGGGGGAGGGGAGAGGACAGGUGGAUGGAGGAGAGGAGAGGGGGAGAGAGACGAUCGGAGAGGAGGCACCAAGGGACCAGACAGGGCAGCAGCCAGCGCAACAGCAGGGACCAGUCGGACACACAGGCCGUGUAGGCACCGCCUCCCGCAUCCCAGACCUCACCUGCCGCGACGUUAGCCAGGGUCUGAUGGUUCUUGUGGAUGUCUCCAUAGCGGAUCCACAGCGGGAGGGGAACGUGCAGCUGAGACGGGCGACCCCCACACAAAUUGGAGUGGCAGCAGCUAGGCGGGUGCAGGAGAAGCUGCGGCACUGGGGGCCGCAUUUAGAGGGGCUGCAGCCGGCACCACACUUUUACGCGUGCGUGGCGGAGACCUUUGGCCUUCUCAGUGAGCCGCUGCGUCAGUUUCUGGGGCUCUGCGCAAAGAGGAUAGCACAGCGGAGAAGGGAUAGAGGUGGGGGGGAUGACGGAUCGGCACGGAUAUUUGAGGCAGGACUCACUACACGCCUCUCCGUUGCACUGCAGCGCGCGCAGGCUCAAUGCAUGAUCCAGCAUGCGGUGCGGCAGUUAGGGAGAUCCGACGACGGGUGGAUGCCCGCACCAGUCCCACUGGUUCCCUUCUUCUAUCCUUCCCUUCUCUUCCUCCCACCCUCUUCUUUUCCCUACCACUUCUUCUUACUCCUUCAUCCUUCCUUCCUUUCCUUUCUUUCCCCCUUUUCCUACAAAAUAUAUAUACCUCACACCCCCUGCCCCCUCAUGCCAUCCGCUCCCCCCGCCCCUACCCUCCGCGUGCCCGCUCCCUUGCCGCCUCUUUUGACCCUCCCUGCCCCCCCUCGCCGUUUCCCACCGCCCGCCAUUCGCUCCUCCCCGCCCGUGCGCUCCCCUCCUUUACCUUCUCCUCCCCCCUCCCCUCCUCUGCUGCACGCCUCUUCCUUCCCCUCGCCGACCCACUCCACUCCCUGCCCCUCCUCAAUCCGCACCCUGCCCCUCGUAUCUCGCCCCCCUAUGCUUGGUUUCUCCCCUCCCUGCCCCUCGCCGCCUUUCCCCGCUCCCCACCUCCCCCCUCUCCCUGCCCCCCCCCACUCUCCCCCCCCUUGUCCUUGGCUUCCUACCUCCCUGCCUCACCUUUCCCCCCUCCGUGUGCUCAGCUUCUCCCCUCCCUGCCCCUCCCUCCUCCCCGCCCUGCCCCUCAUUUUCCGCCCCCCCCACGCCCGGUUUCUCCCCUCCCCGCGCCUCCCUUUCUUUCUCCGUGCCUCUCCUUUGCUCCCUCCCUGCCCCCGCCUGCCCAUGCCCCUGUCUUUGGCUUCUCCCCUCCCUGCCCCACGUUUCUUCCCUCCCUGCCCCCCGUCUGCCCCUCCCUUGUUUUCCCCUCACCCAUUGCUUCUCUCCUCCCUGCCCUUGAUUUCCCACACCCCUGCCCUCGUUUCCUAUCAUCCAUGCCCCUCGUUUCCCCCCUUUGUACGUUCAGCCUCUUCCCUCCCUGCCCCUCCCUUCCUCCCCCCCUGCCCUUUGCUCUCCCCUCGUUACGCUCCCUUCUCCCCAUCCCUGCUGCCCUCUUACCACCAUCAGCCCAUCCCCACGACCAGCCCCCCUCCCACCCUUCAAUCCCCCCCUCCCUCUCUCUCUCUCUCUCUCUCUUUCUCACACACACACACACACACGCACACUCCCCUCCCCCACCCCCCCCCACCUACAUCCUCCCAUUCUGCCCCUCCCUGCCCCUUUCCCACCCCCUCGCACGCCCCUCACCUCCCACCUCCGUGCAACUGGUUUCCCCCCUAUGGUGCCACCCUUGCAUCGCUCGCCCCUCUGCUCACCCUCUGCCCGCCCCUUUUCCGUGCCCUCAGUUGGCCCAGCCCCUGCCCGUUGCUGCCCCUCCCCUUGCCCCCUCAACUCCCCUGCCCCCCGUACACCCCAAGUCCCAUCCAACCGCCCCCACCCUCCCCCGGCUGCCCGUUUCCGCUCUGCACCCCCGCGACCGUGUGCGGCUUCCAACCGCCCAACGGUGGUGCGCACGGGGCGUUUCUUCGCACGGGCAAGCCUCCCCGGGGGCCCCCCACCCCGCUGGGUCGUUCCGUCCCUCCCCCUCCAGCCUCCCUUUUCCCCCCCAGCUACUUCCGCAUCCAGCGUGGGCUGCACCUCUGCAUCCUGCCCUGCCAGGCCCUUCGAGGACCCAACUGCGGCCACCCGACACCACGCCGCCUUUCCCACCCCCAUCCAAUCUCUACACCCCCUGCCCCUGCUCCCUGCGCAAUCCAGCCACCUACCCCAGCCUCCCUCUACCUCUCCCUAACUCCACACUGCCGUUCCUACCCCCAGCCAGGGUCUACACCCCUUGCUUUUGCUCCCUGCGCUGUACCGUCCCCAACCUCCGUCCGCCUUUCCGCGGCACCAGACCGCCUCUCCCUCCCCCAGCCAACCUCUGCACCCCCUGUUCCUGCCCCUGGUGCCUUCCAACACCCUACCCCAACCCCCCCCAGUCUCCCCCUUCUCCAACACCCUCCAUAUUUCCUCCCCCCUGGGGCUCGCCCAUCCGCAGUCAUCACCCUUCAUCAAUUCCCCAAUUCCCUCUGUCCCCUGUUUCCCGGCCCCGCAUCCUAUUCUGCAUUUACCACAGCGCCUCCUUUCGGUGCCCUCUCGGCUCUCCCACGUGACAGCGGGGACGGCACCCAUGCAUGCCAAGUGGAGAGAUCCCCCAACUCACUCGCUACUUCCCAUUCGCAAACCAGAUUACUUGUGAAAACACUUAAUCCUACUAGCACCCCCAAGCACAUAGAAGCGGGAGGGGGCAGAGCCAGGGGGGAACUUGCAGCUAACACUGCACGGGAAGGGGUAAGUGAAUGUGUGUGCGAAGGAGCAGCAGAGGCUGCAGAGGAUGGGGCAGCAAAGGCUGCACGGGAAGGGGCAAUGGGGGUUGUGGGGGAAGGGGCAGCAGAGGUUGCAGAGGAAAGGGCAGCAGAGGCUGCAAGGGAAGGGGCAGCAGCGGCUGCACGGGAAAGGGCGGCAGAGGCUGCACGGGAAGGGGCGGCAGGGACCGUGACUCUAGCCAGGCAAAGGGCAGAGGCCAUGGAGACAGGGGGAGGUGCUACGGGUGCAGCGGGGAAGGGGGUAACGGGGACUGGUGCGAGGGAGAGUGCUGCCUCGGUUGUAGCAAGAGAGGGUACGGCAGGGGCUAGAGUGGGAGAAGGGACAGCAGUGGCCUCAAAGGCAGAAGGUGAGGCUGCAGCUGAAGCAGCAGGGAGGGCCAUAGCACGGCCAGUAGGGGCGGCAGGGCCCGCAGCAAACGCGGGGAAACACACAGCAGGGCCGGCAGAGACCGCAAAAGGGGCUAGCAGUAAAGCGGCAGCAGGCGGGGUGGGCUCGGGGGACAUAGGGGCAACAGGGGAAGGAGAGGUGAGUGUGGUCCCGACCGGGGUGGGCACGGAAGAGGGGGAUGUGAUAGUGAUAGAGGAGGAUGAGGGAGAGGAUGUGAUGCACAUUGACGGGCCACUGGCCCAAUACCUCACGCCUGACGGUGAGGCCGACCCGGCCCCCCUGCAGCCUCACGUCGAGGUUCCCCCUCUACCCCCCAUGCCCGUCCACAUGCUAGCAGAAGGACCGAUGGAGGGGCUGGGGGAGACCUUGAGGACAGAGCCGCACGAGGGAGCCCCCAUCCUCACCUCCCAUCCUCCAGCCCACCCACCCCCAGGAGCACCAUUUCCCCACCCCCACCCUCAGGUCCCGGUAGUAUCCAGGGGGGCAGCCAAGGCCCUGGCCUUCUUGGCGGAGCCGUGCUCCCCGACCCCCACGUUGCUCCAUGGCCAGCCCCCCUCUCCGUCCCCAACCCCUGACCCCACGGUUGCAGGCGGUCCACCGGGAGAGCACGCGGGUGCGACAAGAGCAGAGUCACCCGAGGGCACCCCUUCUCUCACCUCUCACCCCUCCCCGCCCCUUCCCUCACUCCUCCCCUCACCCCCAAGGGCAGCACACCUCUGCCCCCACCCUCAGGGGCUCCUUAGAGCACCACGUGGAGCAGCCAGGGCUCUGGCCUUCCUAGAGGAGCCAUGCUCCCCGACCCCUACCAACACCCAGCCACCCCCCACCGGCCCACUACCCCCCCCUCCACCAGGCCCCCCCCCACCCGGUAGUACACACAUCUCGGAGGUUGAAGCAUCUCUGCGGCCAAAUCCCUCUCCCACACGCUACAGGCACCCAAACCACCCGAGUCGCCGCACAGCCCCAACACGCCCACCCAACAGGCUGCCCCCCUCACACCACCCCCCCCAGGCAGCCGAGACCCACCCGCAAGGGCUUGCGCCCCAGGCUCAUGGGAGCGGCGGCACCCGGGUAGAGGGGCCCACAGGAGAGGCCACCACAGAGCCCACACAAACCUCUCUCCCCCCACCGUUUGUACCUCGCUCUAACCUCCACACUGGCCCAGCCCCUCGACCCCCACCUUCAACCCCCCCUCCCGGCCGGGUUCCCCACGAGUGGCCCCGUUGGGCAGCCAUCACCCCCCACACACAGCCUGCCCGAUCUGUCCCCACGGAGGGGGAUGCCUCGAGGAGAGAGGGGAUGCACACAGAGCACCCCCCGCCCGGCGAACCACCCAUCCUCCCUCCAACCACCCCUUUGGCCCCACAGCCCCCCCUUCCUUCACAAACAGGCGCAGACAACCAGGUUGGCCGCCGGCGGAAGAACAGGGGCAGAGGAGGCAGAGGGUCAGCCCACGUACUCCCCCCUCCCUCCCUCCCCCACCAAGAGCCCCUCCCCACCCCGCAUCCCGUUGAACCCUUACCAGGCCCUACCGCUACAGCCCGACCACCAAACCCACACUCCCGCCCCGCUCCUGCACCUCCACAGGGCCAUGGGAGCGGACCAGCCCACUCUCCCCCAUUCUGCCCCUCCCUUGCUGUGUCCCCCUCCCAGGUGGCGGCGGCCGCGAUCGCUACGGGGAUGGAGGCCGUCGGGUUGAGGGAUGCGCCCAUGGAAGACGCCACCGACUCCCCCUCCCAUCCCUCCCACCCCUUCCAUGUCGACGACCCCCUACCGCAACCCAUGGUGAUUGGGGAGGGCCAAGGGGGCCUUCUAGGGCAGGGUCCACACCCGAGCUCCGCUCAGCCAGCAAGCCCCACUCCACCCUCUACCCUGCCAGCCCUCCUACUCUCACCUACAGGCAGGCAGGUCUUCGAGACCCCAGAGGAGGUGAGGGCUGGCAUUUCAGAUUUGCUGGCGAUACACCGCCCGAGCAGCUCUCCGGCUGCCCCCACCCUUCCAGUCCCACAGGACCGGACCCGGACGUAUGCGGAAGUCACCCGGUCUGUCCCUUCUUUUAUCCCCCCCGCCACUCAGCCAGGCGCGUCACUCCCGACCCCAAUGGAGACGGACCAGGUUCUGAGGCCGUGUCACGCGCACCUAGAGGGGGUGGCGCCUCCCCCCGUUCAGCCCGUGGCGCAGGAGGUCACCAGCAGUAGGGAUGAGGCAUCCGCCCCUACCGAGACCCCUCCGCCUGGGGUAGCAGAGCCGUCACUUGAACCGCACCCCGCCGAGGGGCAGGAGCACACCACGGUACACACUUCAGGCUCACCUCCACGUCCCCCCUCCCCAGCUUCGACACCGGUACCGGCACGAGGCCCGGCCCUAUCCUGUGCGACACCACCUCUAUCUUCGCUGACACCCCCCCCGCACGGGGCUGGUGAGUCGUCUCCUCCCCUCAUCCCAGGCGAUCCUCUCGGAGCUCAGGCCGCCCACGGGGUCCCCUCUACAGCCAGUUCCGACGCCACGGCCCCGAUUGACCCCGCCGACACGGCGACAUCACCCGACCAGGUCGUGAGUUGCCCCACCUGCAGGAGCUCUCUCGCGAACCGACGCGCGCUCCAGCACCACUUUCCCUUCUGCCAUCCUGCGGACGCGGCUCGCAGGGCGCAGGCUGCCCAUGACACCGCCUCGAUCAUCCCUUCCCUCUCACAGCCCCGUGCGACCGGGAUACAGUUCACCGACGCACAGUGGCAGACGCUCGACUCGGUGGACUGGACAGAGUACUUCUCGCCCGAGCGUAUCCAUGCACGCCCUCUCCGACGUGUCCCGGAGAGGGUCCGCGGAGGAUAUCUCGACGUCCUCAGUGCGAUCCUAGUCCGCAUUGCCCAGGACCCGGAGGCUGCUGGCCCUACCUUCCUCCUCGCUGCAGCGCCGACUCUUUUCCUUGUUCCAGCGACGCCACCCGACCGCUCACACACGGCUGCCAUUGCAACGCGCAUCUCCCGCUUUGGUCGAGGUGAGUGGGCUGAGCUAGUCUCAAAUGCACUAGGCCGUCGCACACCCCUUCCUCAGCGCACAGGUCACCGGUCACGCACCGCCACCGAUCCCUCUACAGCAGAUGAGCGCCGCAUUGCACGUUGCCUUCGUCUGGCAGCGUGCAAUGAGACCUCACGGGCGUGCGCGGCUCUCGAGUCCGCGGAGGCAGCCCCAGAUACACAGGGGACGAUACAGCGCCUGCAGUCGAAGCACCCCAACGCGGAGAGGCCGACCCCAGCUUGGCAGUCUGGCUUCCAAGGGUCCCCUCUCGUGCUCUCGGUGGAUCACUUACGCCGCGCGAUCUUCACAGCUCCGCGGGGCUCUUCGGGAGGACCGUCCGGUUGGGUCGCUGAGCACCUGCGAGACACUUUCCUAGCUUUCCCUCAGAGUCUCCAUUUCCUCCUUGCCGUGUACCAGCAGUGGCUUCGAGGCCGUUGCGCUCCAGCUGCGCGCUCCUUGCUAGCGUCUUCCACCCUCGUGGCUCUGGCGAAGUCGAACAUGGAUGUUCGGCCGAUUGCCAUCGGCGAGGUUUUGGUCCGCAUUCUUUCUCGUGCAGUCUGUCUCCAGCUACGUGACCAGAUGGCGAGGGUCUUCUUGGCGUCACAGCAGUUUGGGGUGGGGGUUACGUGCGGGACAGAGGUCGUAGUUAGAGGCGUCCGCCGCGCUCUGGCUGACCACCCAGACUGGGUGGUCCUGCAGCUAGACGUGGCGAAUGCCUUUAACUCCUUCCACCGAGACAGGAUGUUCCAGGCGCUACAGGCCAGCCUGGAGUUUCAGUGCCUGAUCCCCUUCAUCGGCCUCUUCUACGGGACGCCCUCGGAUCUCCACUACAGGUCAGGCACGGGAGUGGUCACGAUGCACUCGGAGCGGGGCACUCGCCAGGGAGACCCUCUCAGCCCCUUCUUGUACGCUCUGACACAGCGUCUUGCUUUGGAGCCGGUUCUGGUGGAGGGGGAUGUCCAGCUCUGGUCGUACGCCGAUGACACGUACGUGCUAGGUCCCCCAGACAGGGUGCUGCACCACUUUACCGAGAUCGUGAGGCGCUUGGGCGAGAUGGACCUUGCAGCCCAGCCGCACAAGUGCCUCGUCUACCAGACAGAGUCCUUUCUGUCCAGGGAUCUGGAGGCCUUCACGGGCCUAGGGAUCGAGGUCGCACGCCGAGGGCUCACCGUGACAGGCGUACCGGUAGGCACCGUUUCGUUCGUGGAGCAGAGUCUCCCGGAUCGUCUCGAGAGGAUGGGGCGGGUGCUACCUUGGCUUCCGAGGUUGCGCCAGCCCCAGACAGCUGCCCGCCUUCUGUCGGCGUGUGUCAGCACUCGUCCGCAGUACCUGUCGAGGACCGUCCCUCAUUCGCCCGCAGUGAUCUCUAGUUUUACACGGUGGAACGCACGCCUGGGAGAGACAUUUCAGCAGCUUUUAGCUUCAGGGACCUGGGCUUGUCGCGAGGACGUCCGAGAGGCCGCCCUAGACCAGAUCUUCCUCCCCAUUCGUCUCGGGGGUUUCGGCAUUCGUCGCAUGGCACGCAUUGCCCCGGUGAGUUUCGUGUGCUCCUGGGUGCAGUGUGCUCCCAUUCUCUGUUCUCUCCCUGCGUGUGGCGAGGUGUUUCGGCAGAGCUUCGCUUCAGGUGAGCCAGAGCAGAUCGACCGGGCUCUGCAGACGGCGCUAGAGGGUCUCCCACCUGACGUUCUCUCUCUCCUUCCCCCCUGGCCCUCCUGCGCUUCUGCCUCCCCCGAUUCCCUUUUUGCAGGAGCGAGCCGUCUUCUGGAGGCGCAGGCCUUGGAGGCCGUGCGUGCCCGUCACGCCUCUCCCUUGCACCUUGCCCGUUUGACUUCCCUUCAGGGCGCAGGUGCAGGGGCGUGGUUGACGUCGGUGCCGUACGCUGACCCACUGCGCAUCCCGGAGGCGCUGUGGCAGGCGGCUUCAUCUUCUCGUCUUGGUCUCCCGAUCCCCCAGUUAGCCCUUGCAGGUCAGUGCUCCUGCGGACAGGCGAUUGACGACAUGACGGUGCCUCAUCACGCGGUCCGGUGCCCGCCCUACGGGGUCGCCACUACCAUCCACGACACGGUGAAGUACAUGCUUCGAGACUUUGCGGUCGAGGCGGGCUUCGCGGUAAAGGUGGAGGACUCUACGCUGUUCACACAGUUGGAGGCGGCUCGAGUGAGACUACUGGGACAGCCAGUGGUGGGAGAGGGGACACGGGCUGAGGGACCGGGGGAGCAGAGAGGCGAGGCGGGACAGCCGGGUGGCGGGGGACAUUGGGGACAGCACCAGCUGCGGGGUCAGGUGGAGCGAGGGAUAGGUGGGCAGAGGGGACGGCAGGGGGAGCAGACGGGCCAGGACGGGGAGGGGAGACAACACAGGCAGCAGCAGGAGAGCCAGUGGAGGCCGCGGGCCCAGGGCGCCGCGCCUCCAGGUUCGGCCUCGGAGGUGGGGCAGGGGCGGGAGCAGCAGAGAGCGGACGGAGGUACAGGAGGGGCAGCGGGAUUGGGAGGGGAGGGCCAGGGAGUGAAAGAGGCAGCAGGGGAUGGAGCAGGGGGGUCGGGAGGGUUGGGGGAGGGUAGAGAGGGGGAGGGGAGAGGACAGGUGGAUGGAGGAGAGGAGAGGGGGAGAGAGACGAUCGGAGAGGAGGCACCAAGGGACCAGACAGGGCAGCAGCCAGCGCAACAGCAGGGACCAGUCGGACACACAGGUCGUGUAGGCACGGCCUCCCGCAUCCCAGACCUCACCUGCCACGACGUUAGCCAGGGUCUGAUGGUUCUUGUGGAUGUCUCCAUAGCGGAUCCACAGCGGGAGGGGAACGUGCAGCUGAGACGGGCGACCCCCACACAAAUUGGAGUGGCAGCAGCUAGGCGGUUCCCUUCUUCUAUCCUUCCCUUCUCUUCCUACCACCCUCUUCUUUUACCUACCACUUCUUCUUACUCCUUCAUCCUUCCUUCCUUUCCUUUCUUUCCCCCUUUUCCUACAAAAUAUACCUCACACCCCCUGCCCCCUCAUGCCAUCCGCUCCCCCCGCCCCUACCCUCCGCGUGCCCGCUCCCUUGCCACCUCUUUUGACCCUCCCUGCCCCCCCUCGCCGUUUCCCACCGCCCGCCAUUCGCUCCUCCCCGCCCGUGCGCUCCCCUCCUUUACCUUCUCCUCCCCCCUCCCCUCCUCUGCUGCACGCCUCUUCCUUCCCCUCGCCGACCCACUCCACUCCCUGCCCCUCCUCAAUCCGCACCCUGCCCCUCGUAUCUCGCCCUCCUAUGCUUGGUUUCUCCCCUCCCUGCCCCUCGCCGCCUUUCCCCGCUCCCCACCUCCCCCCUCUCCCUGCCCCCCCACUCUCCCCCCCCUUGUCCUUGGCUUCCUACCUCCCUGCCUCACCUUUCCCCCCUCCGUGUGCUCAGCUUCUCCCCUCCCUGCCCCUCCCUCCUCCCCGCCCUGCCCCUCAUUUUCCGCCCCCCCCCCCACGCCCGGUUUCUCCCCUCCCCGCGCCUCCCUUUCUUUCUCCGUGCCUCUCCUUUGCUCCCUCCCUGCCCCCGCCUGCCCAUGCCCCUGUCUUUGGCUUCUCCCCUCCCUGCCCCACGUUUCUUCCCUCCCUGCCCCCCCCUCUUCCCUCCCUGCCCCUCCCUUCCUCCCCCCCUGCCCUUUGCUCUCCCCUCGUUACGCUCCCUUCUCCCCAUCCCUGCUGCCCUCUUACCACCAUCAGCCCAUCCCCACGACCAGCCCCCCUCCCACCCUUCAAUCCCCCCCUCCCCCUCUCUCUCUCUAA